AUGCAACUUGAGGCCUCUUCAGUGAGUCAAAACGGAGCCAGCUCUGGCCCCUGGAGAGGCUGCUGGCGCUGGGGAGAGGAGACAGCAGCCAAGUGUGACACAGAGAGUCCCCAUGGCCCUGGGCGUGCCUGCUGGUGUGUGCCUGGGGUCCUAACAGGACACUCCCUCCCUCCCCCACAGGCGCUGGGCUCCCUCUGCUCCCCGUGGGCCGCUCCCCGCGUGGGGCCACUGCCCCUGGCCCCCGCCAUGGUGCGGAUUUCAAAACCCAAGACGUUUCAGGCCUACUUGGAUGACUGUCACCGGAGGUAUAGCUGUGCCCACUGCCGUGCCCACCUGGCCAACCACGACGACCUCAUCUCCAAGUCCUUCCAGGGCAGUCAGGGGCGUGCCUACCUCUUCAAUUCCGUGGUGAACGUGGGCUGCGGGCCAGCCGAGGAGCGGGUGCUGCUCACAGGCCUUCAUGCUGUCGCUGACAUCCACUGCGAGAACUGCAAGACCACUUUGGGCUGGAAAUAUGAACAGGCCUUCGAGAGCAGCCAGAAGUACAAAGAGGGGAAGUACAUCAUUGAACUCAACCACAUGAUCAAAGACAACGGCUGGGACUGA